CUAUUACAAGGCUCGAACGAGAGCCCACUCAUUCUCAUCCUUCCAGAACAAUCCGCCCCUGAACUCUCCGUAACUUAAUCUCGAAGUAGUCAACGAGUCGACGCCUCAGCGUUGAUGCUAUUCCUGACCAAGCAUUAAAGACACAGAGAGACGCGUAGCGUCACCACCCUCCCGAUCCAGCCGUUGGUUCCCACCGAGAUCGGUGAUUCUCGCUCUCCUAUAAAAAUCCGCCCAACCCCUUAUUCCAAAACAAAUUCAUUUUUCAAUUACUCAGAACCAAAAGAAGGUUUUCGUUUUGCAAUCUCUCGAUUUGGUAUUUGUGUUUCUUGUUGAUUACUCAGUGUGAUUAUGGCUGAAGGAGAUUUGAGAUCGCAGCAGGAGAUUUCUGAGGAGGAGCAGACGCUCAAGUACCUGGAGUUCGUGCAGGUGGCAACGAUUCACGCUCUGAUAUGCCUGUCCAACGUCUACGGUUACGCCAAGGAUAAGUCCGGUCCUCUGAAGCCCGGCGUUGAGUCCGUCGAGGGCACGGUUAAGAGCGUUGUCGGACCUGUCUACGACAAGUUCCACGACGUCCCUAUCGAGGUCCUCAAGUUCGUGGACCGCAAGGUAGAUGAGUCGGUGACCGAGUUGGACCGCCGUGUGCCACCAACCGUCAAGCAAGCUUCUUCCCAGGCCUACUCGGCCGCCCAAAGAGCUCCGGUGGUGGCUCGGGCUGUGGCCUCCGAGGUUAAGCGUGCCGGGGUGGUCGACACCGCAUCAGGAAUCGCCAAAUCUGUGUACACCAAGUGUGAGCCUACUGCCAAGGAUCUCUACUCCAAGUAUGAACCGAAGGCCGAGCAGUGCGCCGUGUCAGCCUGGCGCAAGCUGAAUCAGCUCCCUCUCUUCCCUCAAGUGGCUCAAGCUGUUCUACCGACGGCGGCUUAUUGUACGGAGAAGUACAAUGAGACAGUGCUCAGCACCGCAGAGAAGGGGUACAAGGUUUCAUCGUACCUGCCGUUGGUCCCUACAGAAAGGAUUGCCAAGGUUUUCAGCGGUGAUGGAGCCGAAUCAGAGCCGUUGGUUCCCGGUGGAAGUGAAGCUGCCGUGGCAGCCAAUUGAUGGUUCCCAGUGAUGUUGGUUUGUUUUUAGUUAGAAAUGUUUGACUUAUGUCGAUCGUUCGAUAGGCAUUGUUGUCGGAUUUUAUGUGUGUGUGUGUGUGGUUUGUACUACUUUUUUAUGUUCCUAUUUUGGAUGGUAUGAAAUGAAACUCUUUCUGGGCC